AAAAAAAAAAAAAAAAAAAGAAAAGGAAGAAAAGAAAAAAAUUUUUAUUGGAUUCCAAGAAUUCUUUUCCUAAUCGAGUCACUGAGGCAUGUACACAAAACUGUUAAGUAAUAAAACUAGGAAAAAGUGAUACUAAACUAUUUAACAUCUAUUAUAGUCAUUGAGCACUUACUUAUCAGAAAAGGAUAGUUAUAAAGCAUGGUUAUAAGCAACUGGUCUAGCUGUAUCUCUGGGUACCUUUACACAGCAGCCCUGUUUAAAUAUAGUUUAAAGGUCUCUGGGCCCAUGGAGUCUUUGGAUCCAAACAAACUUUCAUAGUCAUCAAUGGCACAGAAUUUCAGCUCUACCUACACCCAGAGGGCCUUCAGGCUUAUCCCUCUCAAAAAGGCUGGCAAGGUUUUCCAGGGAAUCCCUGAAGGGGUGCCUCACAUGUGCUCGUUUUGAACAGAACUAUGUUCUUUAAGUGGUUGACUCUUUUAAGGGCAAGUAUCAAACUCAAAGCCUAGGUGAUCAAGGCCAGUAAGGAAUUAAGGGGAGGAACAUUCUCCACUCUGCAGUCAGAGCCAUUCUGGCACCGAGUAUUGGAAGCCAUGGAAGAAGCAGGCGAUGUCAUCUUUCAUGUGGUCAUAAAAUGGGAAGGUUUCCUGAUUCCCCUUGCGGGACGUGCUGCAGGGGUGUGGCUCAUCUGUUUAGUCUCCUCCCUCGCUGCUGCUCAAACCCCUGAGGGAAGGGGGAGCACGCAGACUGACAGGUCCCAGAGUCCAAGUGGGCAUGUGUUAUAAUGAGUUCCUUUAGCGUUGCUGUCCGGGGACAGCUGAGUGUUAACCUCCCCACCUCCAUUCUUUUCCGGAGUCCCGGACAAAUCAGGUCAUAUGAACUGUUUGAAAGGUGAUGAAUGCAGAGACUUUGUUGAACAGUAGAGGUGACUUUCAGAGGGAUGGGGAGUUGGAGUUCCGGGAAGGUGGAGGGGUGUGGGGAUAAUCUACCACUGGAGUUCUGCCGUUCUGGACACAACUCCUCUUGAUGUUCAGACUCCUCUUCCCUCCUUCUCCGCCGUGCCGCCCUGCUGCUCUCCACCACUCUCCGUCGCUCUCUGCCAUUCUCUGCCAUUCUGUUCCUCUGCUCCUCUCGACAUUCAGCCGCUUGUGUGUGUGCCCGCUGAGGUUUCAGGUGUAUAUGGGCACAGGAUGUGGGGGACGUGGCAGCCAGAGUGGUCCCGGAAAAUGCAUCGUUGGGGCAAAAACAGGAGUGCCUGUUUUCACUUAGGUCCGAGGGCAUAGGCCCGACUGUGGAGCUCUCGCCAGGGACCCCGGCCUUCUCUACCCAGCACUUCUCUGUCCCCUUCUCCGCAUCAGUUACCGACAUUCUCAAGAUAUGAAACUAACCAUGAAGAAAAAUAUUGUCAAUACACAACAGUCCUUUGUAAACAUGCCCAAUGUGAUUGUACCAGAUAUUGAAAAGGAAAUAAGAAAGAUGGAAAAUGGAGCAUGCAGCUCCUUUUCUGAGGAUGAUGACAGUGCCUCUGUAUCUGAAGAAUCAGAGAAUGAAAACCAUCAUGCAAGGGGUUCCUUUAGUUAUAAGUCACACAGAAAGGGAGGACCAUCACAGAGAGAGCAGUACCUGCCUGGUGCCAUUGCACUUUUUAAUGUGAACAACAGCAGCAAUAAGGACCAAGAACCAGAAGAAAAAAAGAAAAAGAAAAAAGCAAAGAAGAGCAAGUCAGAUGAUAAAAACGAAAAUAAAAAGGACCUAGAGAAGAAAAAGAAGAAAAAGGACAAAGAGAAGGAAAAAAAAGAGGAGAAAAGCAAAGAUAAGAAAGAAGAGGAGAAGAAAGAAGUUGUGGUUAUUGAUCCUUCGGGAAACACGUAUUACAACUGGCUGUUUUGCAUCACCUUACCUGUUAUGUACAACUGGACAAUGGUUAUUGCCAGAGCAUGUUUUGAUGAACUUCAAUCUGAUUACCUAGAAUAUUGGCUCAUUUUAGAUUACGUAUCAGACAUAGUCUAUUUAAUUGAUAUGUUUGUACGAACAAGGACAGGUUACCUAGAACAAGGACUGCUGGUAAAGGAAGAACUUAAACUCAUAAAUAAAUAUAAAUCCAACUUACAAUUUAAACUUGAUGUUCUGUCACUGAUACCAACUGAUUUGCUGUAUUUUAAGUUAGGGUGGAACUAUCCAGAAAUUAGAUUAAACAGGUUAUUACGAAUCUCUCGUAUGUUUGAGUUCUUCCAGAGAACAGAAACAAGGACAAACUAUCCAAACAUCUUCAGGAUUUCCAACCUUGUUAUGUACAUCGUCAUCAUUAUCCACUGGAAUGCAUGUGUGUACUACUCUAUUUCUAAAGCUAUUGGAUUUGGAAAUGAUACAUGGGUCUACCCUGAUACUAAUGAUCCUGAAUUUGGCCGUUUGGCUAGAAAAUACGUAUACAGCCUUUACUGGUCUACACUGACUUUGACUACCAUUGGUGAAACACCCCCUCCUGUGAGGGAUUCUGAGUAUGUCUUUGUGGUGGUUGAUUUCCUAAUUGGAGUGCUAAUUUUUGCUACCAUCGUUGGUAACAUAGGUUCUAUGAUUUCCAACAUGAAUGCGGCCAGAGCAGAAUUUCAAGCAAGAAUUGAUGCUAUCAAGCAAUAUAUGCAUUUUCGAAAUGUAAGCAAAGAUAUGGAAAAGAGGGUUAUUAAAUGGUUUGACUACCUGUGGACCAACAAAAAAACAGUUGAUGAGAAAGAAGUCUUAAAGUAUCUACCUGAUAAACUAAGAGCAGAAAUUGCCAUCAAUGUUCACUUAGACACAUUAAAAAAGGUACGCAUUUUUGCUGAUUGUGAAGCUGGUCUGUUGGUGGAGUUGGUCUUGAAAUUGCAACCCCAAGUCUACAGUCCUGGAGAUUAUAUUUGCAAGAAAGGGGAUAUUGGACGAGAGAUGUACAUUAUCAAGGAAGGCAAACUCGCUGUGGUGGCAGAUGAUGGAGUCACUCAGUUUGUGGUAUUGAGCGACGGCAGCUACUUUGGUGAGAUCAGCAUUCUUAAUAUUAAAGGGAGCAAAGCCGGCAAUCGACGAACUGCCAAUAUUAAAAGUAUUGGCUACUCAGACCUGUUCUGUCUCUCAAAAGAUGACCUCAUGGAAGCUCUAACUGAGUAUCCAGAUGCCAAAACUAUGCUGGAAGAGAAAGGGAAGCAGAUUUUAAUGAAAGAUGGUCUACUGGAUCUAAACAUUGCAAAUGCUGGCAGUGAUCCUAAAGAUCUUGAAGAGAAAGUUACUCGAAUGGAGGGGUCAGUAGACCUCCUGCAAACAAGGUUUGCCCGAAUCUUGGCUGAGUAUGAGUCCAUGCAGCAGAAACUGAAACAAAGAUUAACCAAGGUUGAGAAAUUUCUGAAACCGCUUAUUGACACAGAAUUUUCAAGUAUUGAGGGACCUGGAGUAGAAAGUGGGCCCAUUGACUCUACAUAGAACUGAAAAGCUGGUCAUUGACAGGGACACGCCUCAUGAUCCUUCUGAUCUUGUGACUGACAUCAAAUAAAACUUUAAAGAAGAGGAAGACUCAGUUCGGAAAUUUUUCCAUGAGGAAAAUGUGCUUUGAUGCAAGGUACAAGGCCCACACCCUCUCUGAGAGAUACUAUGAUUAAAAAAGCUUUAUAUCUUGGGAUUUUUCACAACUGAUAAUGUGCAAAGAUAUAAACUGAUUAACUUGUCAAUGGCUGUAUCUUCUGAUUUUUUUCACAUAUGCUCGUUUUAUGUAAUAAUCUUCAUAAAAAUGAAUAAGUAUCCCUCACUUUCAUGCCAUUUCCAUUGUUGAGUGAAGUGUAUUUGAAGUAACUGAGAAUUACCAUGUACAUCAUGUUUGGGAUAACAUUUUAAAAAAUUAGACUGCAAUAAAGUAAAAUUAAUUAUGCAA